AGCCCAAUCAAGUCAACACUACUCUGGACUACGCUAUCUGCCCAAGCUUUGGCAACGCUGCGAGUCUCCAGCAACUUGUAAACUCACUCCUCCAUUGUAUCAAAUAAACAACAAGAAUGGUGGGCUCUCGACCGGAGGAGGUAACGCUACCAACGCGUUUCAUCUGCAAGACUGCACAUUUAGUGGCUAUCCUCGCGGUGCUCUUCGACGUGGGCGCUCUUGUCAGCGGCAUGCUCCAAAUUGACCCGAACAGCCCCUCCACAAGCAAAGCGGACCUAGACCACUAUGAUUCGACCAAGUCGCAAAUAUCGGGACUGUGUUACGGAGCCAUUGCCUGCUUCGGUAUUGAGUAUAUCACCCUCUUCCUCGGGAUAUCCAUGUUCUUCCCGGUUGCCAUGUCGCUAAACAUUCUGGCUCAUUUUACCGGCACCAUCCUCAUAUGCCUGUGGUACACAGACAACUGGAACUUCGACUCCUUCGUGGCGUUCUUCGUAGUGUUCAACGCAUUACCAGCGCUGUUGGAGGUCCUGAUGCUGGUCUUCGUCACCAAGUUCAGCUUCCUUAAGUACUGAGGCUCUACAAGAUGGGUCUCAUUUGUGUGUAGAAAUGGAUAAGGCGCGGUGGUGGCGGGGCGGUCUUGGGCGCUUGCAUCGGGGGCGCUGUGAUGACGUGGGCCGCACCCACAGCUCAGGUGGCGGGUGGCCCCGACCAACAUCUACUUGUGGGUGCAAGCAUCUGCUCUGCGAGUGUUAAUUGUGAACAGGCUGUGGCACCUCAAUGUGUGAGCAUAACACGAGUGGCUUGGCUUUGCUCGAGACCGCUAGAAGCGGACCGGUCAUCCGAUCCCACGGUCCUUGACAAGGUAGCAACUGGCUGGCGUUUUGGUGUGGCGUGACGGAAGAGGGAGUGCCAAAGGCUUUGGCUGCAGGAUGAUGACAGCGUGAUGACUGACGCUUAUGUCGUCCAAUGCAUAAGAACGUAUGAGGUUUAGGUGUCCUGAUUACGGGCGCUCUGACGAAGGGGGUCAGCGUGCCUGCGGGCGUGGCGUGCCACAGUGGUGGCGUACCAAAUACCAGCCUGGCGAUGGCGUUGCCCGGUUGACACACGUAUGCAUUGCACAGUAUCAUACUGAAGUAAGCAAUGUAACUGGUCAAAUUC